UUUACAUCCUGUUCAGUUGCGGCGUCCGUGGCCGCUAUGGCGACCGAAGUUUGAUCAUGGGUGGGGUGUCUCCGCCAAAGAAGGGGCACUCUGUGUGCAAAAUGUCGCGCAAAGUGCUCAAAUGCACCGUGCAUGUGGAUAUUCAGGCUAUUACCUGCCCGGGGGUGGUGCUUCCCAACCAUCAGGACAUAUACCUGAGUGUUUGUAUAAUGGGCCAAUACCAGAAGACUCUUUGUUUGGCUCCUGUGUUUCCUUUGUUAUUCCAUGAAAAAAUGGUCUUUGAGAAGACAUUUUCAGAGGCUGUUGACCCGUGUGAUAUAGCUGAUAUUCUGGAGCUGGACGCAACCUGCUUUGAGCUGAUUCAGCUUGUUCCCCCAGAGGGUGAAAUCCUGGCCACCCUUGAGAUGAACACCAGGGCUUUCUUAUAUCCAGCCCCCACUCGAUCUCCUGGGGGCUCUGGUCCAGGGAGAGAGAUGCUUAUGAAGAAAUCAGCCUCCUUCCCUGGAAUAUCGCCUAGAGUGGAAUUUACAACGAGCACCAUUAUGGAGGAAUGUGAUUUAAAAGCCGGGCGAUCUCCAUGCCUUCCUGUCCAGCCGUGUUCAGAGAAACCCAGAUCUAUUCAAAGGCCCAGAGGGCUCACUGACUUUGCGGCGAAGGGGACCCCGACGGCCCGUCCUAUCUGCAGCUACGAAAGGCCCACAGUGGCCUCCCAGCUACGGGUCCUGUCCCCAUACACCCACCGGCGUAUGUGCCAGCUCUCUGAGGAUGCCAGGCAGCGGCUCAGCCACCUCCAGCUGGGGCCCUUCAGGUUUAAGAAGGAGUCUGACGACCAGGCCCCUUUCGUGGUUCCCCACGUGCCCAACUCCUCCUUCCACGAGUCUUCAUUCCGUCCACAGCCGUCUUACGAGGUGCUGCGUCACAGCUGGUCUGCGGCUUCCGCAGUCAGUCACCCCGAAGAUUCUUCGCUCCUUGGCAGCUACCGACCGAAGUUUGCGAGAGACAGUAGGAGCUCUCCAAAGGCAUGCAGGGCCCCCGGGGGGGUGCCAGGGAAGAGGUGUCUCAGCCCCCCUGCAGGGGCUUCCCUGCCGGCCCACUCCACCCCUGUGCCCGGUGUGACGGUUACCCAGAGUCCCCUGCUGAGCCGUAGCUCCCUACGUGAAAGGUUCCGGAGCGGCCCGGCCAGCCCGGCCUGCUGGGAUGAGAUCCACAGGCGUGUGCAGAGGCUGCUGAGGAACCAUGCCGUCCCCAGCAAGCUGGGCUUUAAUGAGGAUGGUGCAGAAGAGGAUUCAGCCCACCCUGGCCCUCAGGGGUCAUGUGACUCAGCCCAGCGUGGCCCUCAGCGGUCACGUGACACAGCCCAAUGUGACGGCCACAUCAUUCAGGACCGCAAGGACAUUCCCAGCGGAGCAUCUGUCUACGUGAACAAUGGCAUCUUCUGGUCCAAUCAGGUGGCUCGGCACACAGGGAAGUCCCACAGGGCGGCGUUUGAGGACAGCCUCAGUCGGAUAUACAAGGACCUCUACAGCGACGCGUCCAAUAGCGGUUAGGGGCAGAGAUGGCGGCCCAGCUGACUGAACCGAACGCCCGAUGGACGGUAUGACCAUCUCAGGAUCUGUAGGAAAAGCUCUGGAAUGUUCUAAAUGGCAACACGAUGAACUUGCUGUGUAUUUUCAUCUUUUAUAUAUUUUUGUAUAGUACAGCCAAGAUUGAAAAAUGUUAACGCCUUAAAUGCAUGCACAUCCGGGCUGUAGCCCGGCUUUGAUUUUCAUUCUGUCCUCGUUUUGCUAUAGUUCUGCUUUUUUGCAUUUUCUGGCAUCUUUUGCUGCUGAAAAUGUGUGUGUGUGCGUGCAAGCAAGCAAGCAAGCAAUCACCAACGAGGGACCAGCUUCCUGCAGGCCAGGACUGUUUAUUGUUCUGCUGGGGGUGAGCAGGAGACAGAGCACUACUUUAACUCAGAACAUUGUCAAUGACAUUUCACAGCAGCGCCACCUCAUGGAAGAGGGAUGUAAAAGGUCCCAGGAUGUAGUUUGUUUAGAUUCUUUCACAUAACUAGUUAAAAUUGAGUCUGUUUCAAAGGCAGUGUCCACCAUUAUCCCAUUCAAACAAGACAGAGUCGCACUAUCUUCAGAAAUCAUCUACUAUUCGCCUUACAAGAAAUGUACAAAGUGUACAAAAUUGAGUCCUGUUUUGUUCUGG